CCCACAGGAAGUGAGCUCUCGGUGCAGAGCCCAUGUGUCUUCGCUUCGGCACUCGUCCUGGGCCAGCAGCUGCAGGCUGGCGAGGGUGCGGGCAUGUCCGCGGAGCGCCGGGUGCCUGGGGCAGAGGGGCCUCAGGGCCGUUCCCCAGGGCCAGGCGGGUGCUCUGGGCCCUCAGGCUCAGGUCAGUGCCCCCCUUCGGCCAUGCCCGCCCCCUGGAUCCUGCCCCGCUGGAGAGCUAAUGUGGCCGCUGCGGUGCUCUGCUACAUCAACCUCCUGAACUACAUGAACUGGUUCAUCAUCGCAGGAGUGCUGCUGGAUGUGCAGAAGUUUUUCCAGAUCAGUGACGGCAAUGCUGGUUUGCUUCAGACGGUCUUCAUCGGCUGCCUGCUGCUGUCUGCACCCGUGUUUGGCUACCUGGGCGACCGACACAGCCGCAAAGCCACGCUGAGCUUUGGGAUCCUGCUCUGGUCCGGAGCAGGCCUCUCCAGCUCCUUCAUCUCCCCCCGGUAUUCCUGGCUCUUCUUCCUGUCCCGGGGAGCCGUGGGCAUUGGCACAGCAAGCUACUCCACCAUUGCGCCCACCAUCCUGGGCGACCUGUUCGUGAGGGACCAGCGGAUCCGGGUGCUGGCCAUCUUCUACAUCUUCAUCCCUGUUGGAAGUGGUCUGGGCUACGUGCUGGGGUCGGCUGUGACGGCGCUGACUGGAAGCUGGCACUGGGCCCUCCGAGUCAUGCCCUGCCUGGAAGCCAUGGCCUUGAUCCUGCUUAUCGUGCUGGUUCCAGACCCGCCCCGGGGCGCUGCUGAGAAGCAGGGGGAGGUGGCCAUGGGGGGCCUGAGGAGCAGCUGGUGUGAGGACGUCAGAUACCUGGGCAGAAACUGGAGUUUUCUGUGGUCGACUCUUGGAGUGACAGCCAUGGCCUUUGUGACUGGAGCUCUGGGCUUCUGGGCCCCCAAGUUUCUGUUCGAGGCCCGUGUGGUGCAUGGGCUGCAGCAGCCCUGCUUCCAGGAGCCAUGCAGCAGCCAGGACAGCCUGAUUUUUGGGGCACUGACUGUCGUGACAGGCAUCGUUGGGGUCAUCCUGGGAGCAGAGGUUUCGAGGAGGUACAAGAGAGUCAACCUGCGGGCUGAGCCCCUCAUCUGUGCCUCCAGCCUGCUUGCCGCAGCCCCCUGCCUCUACCUGGCUCUGGUCCUGGCCCCAACCACCUUCUCGGUCUCCUAUGUGUUCCUGGCCUUUGGGGAGCUGCUUCUGUCCUGUAACUGGGCGCUGAUUGCUGACAUCCUGCUGGAUCCAGACCUAGGGGCAUCCCAAGAGCCCUCCUCCUGCCUGCUGGCAGCCUGCACAGUCCAGCAUGGGGCACGGGGGACCCAGAGCAGCCUGGUGAUCGGCUGGGAGCUGUCCUGAGAGUGAACCUGGAUUCAGGAGACAGACUUGGGUUUCAGCUCCGCUUCUUCCGCUACUUAUAGCUGUGUGUGACCCAGGCAAGUCACUUUGUGUCUCUGAGCCUCAGUUUCCCUGUGUGGAAAAUGGGGAUGGAAAUACCUCAUGGAUUAUUGUGGGGGUGAAACGAGAUUGUCCAGGUGAAGCUUUUGCCCACUGCCUGGCACAGAGAACGCUGGCUGGGACGCUCACAGCGAGGCAGGGGUUUCACUUUCUCAUCGUCCAUCUCCCAAGGAAAUCCUUGAGUCCUGGAGUCUGAGUGUGAAAGGGCUGUGGGGAAGUGUGGUCAUUUAAUUAGCCAACAAGGCCUGCUUGAACACUACCGUUGGUGGGAUUCUCAUUCCCUGCCUAGAUGCUCUGCCCCCUCCCCACGGCCCAGGGUCAGCAGGUGUAGACAGGGCUGUCCUGUCUUUGACUCCUGGGUGGGUGUACCAGCUGCAGGGCUGGUGGGUCUUCUCCCAUCUCCAGAAGGAGACUUGGGCUCCAGGCCAGACUCAGCCACAGACCUGCUGAAUGGGCUCGGGCCUCAGUUUCCUUGUCUAUUAAAAGGAGUGAUCGUAACUGGCCUGGCAGGGUGAGCCAGAGAGCCUGCAGGACAGGCCUCGCUGAACAGAAAAGCGCUGGAGAAUGCUAUCUUUAAUGGAGUUGCCCACUUUUAGGCACAGGGAGAUUCACUCCCCUGCGUCUGGCCUGUUCCCUCUCAGGCAGUUCAGAUGGAGCUGAAACUUGCCCCCUGCUGC